ACCGGGCAUGCCCUGCUCUACACUUCGUUCCCAAAAGACAGCACCAAAAUGAUGGAGGAACGACGUCUUGAACGCCAGCGCCGUUUGCUGGCCAUGCGCACCGCCGCACCCACACUGCCCUCCAGCCAGGAGAAGGAGUUCAACCUGCGCCUGGUGGACCUCUACAAGGAGCAGCCGUGCCUGUGGAACACCUCGCUGCCGGGGCACAAGGAUGCGGAUCUGAAGCGCUGCGCCUGGGAGAAGAUUGCCAGCCAGCUGGGCAGUCAUCUGAGUGCCGAGUUUGUGCGCUGCCGGGUGCGUAGCAUGCGGUAUCAUCUCAACGUGUACAAGCUGCAGAUGAUCGAGUACCAGAUGACCUCGCGUGGGGGAAAACAGCCGGAGAAGCCCUUUUACGUUGAUCGCUUCGCAUUCCUGGACUCGGAGGAGGCCUCAACCGAUCCGGAGGGUGGCGACCCCUGUCCAAAACCUGGAGGUGAACAGGAUUCCAUUUCCGGCAAGUAUGCGAAACUCUGGUCAGACUUCAAUCUGAAAUCCCUGGCAAAUCGGGAGACCGGUGCUGGCAGUCCCGAGCCUCGUCGCUCGGGACCGAGCAUCCUUGCUAUGGUCAAGAUGCGCAUGGAGGCUCAGAAAAAGCCACUCGAGCUCACCAUGCCACGUCUGGGGAUUACGCAAGCCCAGCGGAGCAUCAUCACCAGGAACCGGGUCUGGAACCAGAGCUCUUCGGCCAGCUCUCUGGAGACUCUUUCCGAGACACCACCAGCAUUGCAGGCCCGUCCGGGCGACUCCAUAUCCAAGACAAAGCUGGCCCAGAAGGAUCGGGAUGCAGAGAAACCGACGACCUCCAAGAUGGCUCAAGCUUCGCUUGCCAAUGCCCAGUCGGAGGAUGACGAGUUGUACAGCCUGCACUGGAGUGUCCGCAAGGAGCAACGUUCGCUACGUCCUGGACACGAUCAGCGCCAAAAGUUUCCCGUGGGACUGCGCUCCACUCAAGCCAACGAACCCACUCCGGACAUAUUUUAGGCCAUUGCCUACCACUCUAUGCAAUGCCAUUAAGUUACGUUUUUUGUGGUUCCACACAAGAUGAAUCAUUAUGAAUCCAGGACCUCCAAGUUCAAGCUAUUAGUUGAAACUGAAAUGUCCAAGCGAUAUACUUUUGGCAAGAUGAGGAACCACCAAAUUGUUCAAAUAAUACAUAUAAAUGAUCCCGAAAAGCAGAGCCGUUGUGUCCAUGAUGCCAUCAAUAUCCCAAUAUAAACAUUGCCUUCUGUUAUUUAUAUAUGUGUGCUUCCCAUCUCAUUGAUACUGCCGAUGAGUACUACGCUCCAUCUGAAGGACAUCCCAUUAGCUCCAACGUGUGUUAAGAGCUCCUUUCAAGUUUGAUUUAUUCCUGAGCCCGGCCAAAUGAGGUGGAAAGAUACGGCAGAAGCUCUCCGAGUUCGGCCAUGAUUUAUGAAUAGGCCGGAAUGAUGAUGAAAAGUCGAACUUGAAAACUCUUGCCGCAAAUCCAAAAACCACUGACGAAAUUAGUUUCUGGCUGCCAGAACAAAUUACGAAAUUACUUCCAGAAAUUACACGUACAGUUUGGCCCCUCAACCACAUUCCCCGUAAGCCCUCAAACCCCGAAACCCACACCCGCCACCCAAUUCCCGACCAGAUGCGAUGCUCAUUAGCGUGAAAAUUUAAUUUAAUUCCUUC